AUGAGGAAGAAUUUAUUUUCUUUGGUUAUCUGCUUCCUGCGUCUNCCCCGGGAACCCGGCCAUCCCGGCAAGGGCAACUACCGGACGCUCGACCCGGCUGCCGAGGACAUGUUUGACAACGGGAGCUUCCUGCGCCGGAGGAAACGCUUCAAGCGCACCGACAUUACCACCUACCCCGGCUACAUGCAAAACUCCAGUGCCUUCACGCCCCCGCCCGCCGGCCGCCCCGCGGCACCAACAGCACCCUACCCCAACACCCUCUGCUCGCCCAGCUACGGCCCCCAGCUCUCCGGCACCGUCUUCCACCCCUACGCAGCUGGGACAGCACCGCCGGCACAGCAUCCCAGGAUGUUCAGCAUCGACAGCCUCAUCAGUGGGCAGCAGGCCCUGCAGCCCUCACCACCUGCCGAGCUGGGCCACCCAUCGCUGGGCUUGCCCGGAGCCGAGCUGGCUCCCGCCUGCUCUGCCGGCAGCUCCGAGCCUCCCUGCUUCCAAGUGCAGCCCGUCAGCCCCGGCUUGUUGGGCCGGGCUGGCCCCAACACCCUGGCUUACCCCUAUGCCGCCUCGCCCCCCCAGCUGCCCGUGGCUCAGGGCAGCUACUCGCCCGGCAGCCCACAGCUCUAUGGGGCUCCCAACAGACUGGCCCUGCCAGCCAUGCGGCCUCCUGCCUGCGCAGAGCAUGGCGAGCAGCUCCUGGGGCUCUCUGCGUCGCCCCUCGGCCAGUUCGGCUCCAGCAACGCCUACAUGAGGCAGCCCAAUUUCCCUGCCGGCCUGGAGCGGUACAUGUGA